AUGUUGUGGAUCAUGCUAAUUCUUUGCGUUUGGGAUCUUAUCACUGGGCAAAUUCGGUACUCGAUUCCCGAAGAAUUGAAGCACGGGGCGUUUGUUGGGAAUAUUGCCGACGAUUUGGGAUUGGAUGUCAGGGAACUGUCCGCUCGCAGGUUUCGCAUCGUCCCGGGUCCCAACACACAGUAUUUAGAGGUGAAUCUGGAAAACGGGGUUUUGUUUGUGAACGAAAAAAUGGACAGAGAGCAGCUUUGUGACCUGAGCUCCAGCUGCUUUCUGCAUUUAGAGAUUGUGAUUGAGAGCCCACUCGAACUAUACCGGGUGGAAGUGGAGAUACUGGAUGUGAAUGACAAUUCUCCCAGUUUCCCGUGGCGCGAGUUCCGCCUGGAGAUCGCCGAGUCUGUGGCUCUGGGGGCGCGUUUCCCACUUGAGAACGCCUAUGACCCAGACGUGGGCACCAAUUCUCUGCAAAGCUAUCGGCUCAGUCCCAACCAGUACUUCACCCUGGAGGUGCAGACUCGCAGCGAGCGCAGCAAGUUCCCGGUGUUGGUGCUGGAGAGGUCCCUGGACCGGGAGGAUCAAGCGGUUCAUCAGAUGGUCCUGACUGCUCUGGACGGCGGGCUCCCGGAGAGAUCCGGCACCGCUCUGGUCAUCAUCACGGUCCUCGAUGUGAAUGACAAUGCCCCGGUUUUCGAUCAGGCGGUGUACACUGUCUGCCUUGUGGAAAACGCUCCUAGGAAUACGUUAGUGAUAAAACUUAACGCCACCGAUUUGGACCAAGGCUCGCAUGGAGAGGUGACUUACUCCUUCAGUAACCAUGCGCCGGCGAGACUGCGCCAGCUAUUCCGGGUAGAGCCCCAGACGGGUGAGAUUCGGGUCAAGGGGGUGGUAGAUUAUGAAGAAGCAAGUGUUUAUGAGAUCUAUGUACAGGCUAAGGAUAAGGGGCUUUACACGGCGGCGGUGCACUGCACGGUGGUUGUGGAAAUCAUUGAUGUGAACGACAAUGCUCCCGAGGUGAUCCUAACUUCAGUGUCUAGUCCCGUCCGGGAGGACGCUUUACCGGGGACUGUGAUCGCUCUGAUCAGUGUAACGGACCGGGAUUCUGGGGAGAACGGAAAAACCCGCUGCCACGUCCCCGCUCACCUCCCAUUCAAACUGCAGUCAUCGUUUAAGAACUAUUACACUCUGGUCACUACUGACCGGCUGGAUCGGGAGAGUGUCCUGGAGUACAACGUUAGCCUGACUGUCACCGAUUCAGGCUCCCCUCCCCUUUCCACUGUCAAAACCAUCCCAGUGAAGGUUUCGGAUGUGAACGACAACGCGCCCCGGUUUGCACAUCCGUCCUACACGGUGUAUUUGAUGGAGAAUAACGCGCCCGGGGCGUCCAUCUGCUCCGUGUCCGCCCUGGACCCAGACCUUGACCAGAAUGCCUAUGUGUCCUAUUGCAUCUUGGAAAGUAAAAUCAGGGGGACCCCGAUAUCCACUUACGUUUCCAUCAACUUAAACACCGGGAACCUCUACGCGCUGCGCUCUUUUGACUAUGAGCAGCUCAAGAAUUUCGAGGUUUUGGUUCAGGCUCAGGACGCGGGUUUCCCAUCGCUCCACAACAACGUGACAGUGAACGUGAUCAUCCUGGAUCAGAACGACAAUGCCCCCGAAAUCGUGUCCCCGUUGCCCCCGAACGGCUCGGCCGAGAUGGUGCCUCGAUCCGCCGAUCCUGGCUACGUGGUGGCGAAGGUAUCGGCUGUCGAUGCCGAUUCCGGCCAGAACUCCCGGCUCUCUUACCAGCUCUUCCAAGCGACCGACCCGGCUCUGUUCAGCAUCGCCCCGUUCACGGGGGAAAUCAGGACCAGCCGCCGCUUUGAGGACCAUGACGCCCCCAAACAGAGGCUGGUGGUCCAUGUCAUGGACAAUGGGAAGCCACCACUUUCCACCUCGGUCACCAUCAACGUGUUAAUAGUCGACAGUGUCCCUGAGACCUUCUCCGACUUAACCGAGAAGCCCCAGAACAUUGAAUACUUCUCCGAUUUCAACCUUUACUUAAUCGUCUCUCUGGGCUCCGUCUCAUUCGUGUUCCUGGUGGCCAUAAUCGCCCUGGUCUCCAUCAAGUGUCACAAAGACAGACACGGCACCCUUGGCCACCGCUGCCCUCUCAGUACCUGUUGCUCCCGCGGCCGCCCCAGCUGUUGUCUCCGGAGGGAGCCGUCGGGAGACGUGCUGAAUAACUCGCACACAAACUUUCCGGUGCCGCCCAGUGUAAAAGCCCCGCCGAGUAGCAUGGAGGUGGGCGGCAGCCGCUCGCUUUCCCAGACCUAUUGCUACAAGGUGUGUUUGAGUCCCGAAUCGGCUAAAACGGACUUAAUGUUCCUUAAACCGUACAGCCCAUCUACAGCCGCUGGGAAUAAUGUGAAACCUGCUAACCCCUACGUGACUGGGUGGAGAAGACAGAUAUCAGAUGGGGCGAAUCUAGGCAGUAACGGGUCCAGUGAGGUUUCAGGUCUCCAUGGUGCGUUGUUCAUUCCUUGA